CAUUAACUUCUUGAGGCUGUGGAUCUCGCGUAGUAUCGCGAUAUUUGAGCAGGACCUAUUUGAUUUAAACAGAGCAGUGCCGUCAGUUCACACUCGUUCAUUUGACAGAGAGACAUCGAUUACACUUGAAGCAGAAAAUGGCAGCUGGAAAUGCACACAUUGGCAAGCCUGCUCCAGGUUUCACAGCCAAAGCUGUGAUGCCAGAUGGACAGUUUAAAGAUCUCAGUUUGUCUGACUACAAAGGGAAGUAUGUCGUGUUAUUCUUCUAUCCACUGGAUUUCACCUUCGUCUGCCCCACCGAGAUCAUCGCCUUCAGUGAUGCAGUCGAGGAGUUCAGGAAGAUCAACUGUGAGGUCAUCGGUGCCUCUGUUGAUUCCCACUUCUGUCAUCUUGCCUGGAUAAACACCCCUCGGAAACAAGGCGGUUUAGGGCACAUGAAAGUCCCCCUGGUGGCAGAUUCCCUCCGCUCCAUAUCUCAAGACUAUGGUGUACUGAAGGAAGAUGAGGGUAUUGCAUACAGAGGACUUUUCAUCAUUGAUGACAAGGGCAUUCUGAGGCAGAUAACCAUCAAUGAUCUGCCAGUGGGCCGCUCCAUUGAUGAAACCCUGCGCUUGGUGCAGGCCUUUCAGUUCACCGACAAACAUGGAGAAGUUUGCCCAGCCGGAUGGAAGCCCGGAAAAGACACAAUUAAGCCGGACGUCCAGCAGAGCAAAGAUUACUUCUCCAAACAACAUUAAAAAAUACACUAGACUGUG